GCAGAUGUGUACUAUAACAGGUCAGCUUGACCCCUAAGUACUGUGGCACUGCAACAAAGGAAUAGGUUGUCCCUAAUACGGAUGUUUUGCUACCUGGAUUCACGCUGUUUAAUUUGAAAUCUGAAAGAAUGUUUACUUUAUUCUUGGAUAACAUUGGAGAAAUAAAAAAGCUGUAAGAAAUGGAUUAUACAUGGAACUGUUUAACAACCAGGAUCAUAAUUGCUGUAUGAUGUUGUAUCAAAGUUUAUGAAUUGUUUAAGAAUUCAUAUUUGGAUGUUGGAAAAGGGAAGAAACAAUUUCCUGGUUCUCUGUAUAUCAGAAUAAACAGCUGGAUUUCAAUCAGGAAAUCUUGUGACUUCUACGAUUCUUUGGAAUAUUAUUUUUGAAGGAUUCUGGAGACACAUAUAUGCAUUAAAUAAAUAUCAGAUAUUCUGCCUUAUAUCUUCCUUGGUGUUGGAUAACUACUUGAUGUAACACAGAAUAAACAUAAUUCCAUCAUAUGAGACUAUAUUCAUAAUAUAUGUAGGAUUAGACAAGAUAAUGAACGUGGGAAUCAUGUUAACCAAUGGAAGCAAGAGAAAGUCUCUGGCUAGGACAUAUUCUGUGUCAUAUAAGGAUCAGUAUGAACCCAUUGGAAAACAUACAGAAAAGGGAAUAGACUUUUGUGAGAAAUACUGUCAUUUUAUAAAGGAAAGGUGCCAAAUAGAACUUGAAUAUGCACAGAAAUUAAAACGGUUAGUGAAAAAUUAUCAGCCAAAGAAAAAAGAGGAAGAUGAAUUACAAUUCUCAGUUGUAAAAGGAUUCCUACAAAGUAUCAAUGAACUGUUUGAUUUGGCUGGGCAACAUGAAGUAAUCGCAGAAAACCUUCAAACCAGUAUUUAUAAAGAAUGUCGAGCUCUCAUAGAAGAAAUAAAAAUCGAAAGGAAAAAAUGUUUAAAUGAAGGUGCUAAACAACAGAAGCAGUUACAGUCAUCAAUAUCACAAUUAGAAAAUGCCAAAAAAAUAUAUGAAAAGGCAUUCAAAGAAGCAGAGAGGGCACAGGAAGGCUAUAAGAGGGCGGAUGCAGAUAUGAACCUUGCUAGGGCAGAGGUAGAAAAGAGUAAACACUUUGCCAUGGCUAAGAGUCAGCAGUGUGAGGAGAGUAAAAAUGAAUAUGCUUCGCAGCUACAGAAAACUAAUGAGCAUCAACACCAACAUUAUGGUGUGCUAAUGCCACAGAUAUUCCAGCAAUUACAAGAUAUGGAUGAGAAGCGUAUAACGCAGCAGUCAGAUUUUAUAAAAAGGUCAGCAGAAGUUGAGCGCAGUGUCAUCCCAAUUAUAAACACAUGUCUGGAUGGAAUAGUCAAAGCAUCAGAGUCAAUCAAUUCACAGGAGGAUUCUCGAAUAGUCAUAGAGAGACACAAAUCAGGCUUCCAACAUCCAGGCGAUAUAGCAUUCGAUGAUCUAAGCAAUGGUAAUGACAAUCAGGUGAAUGCCAACACAGUGCAGCGCACUCCAACAGAUAACAGAUCGACCAAAGGUGGAACAUGGGCUGCUGGAAAAGGCACCAAGCGGGGGAAACUCUUUGGCUUAUUUAGUAGCUCAAAGGGUGACCCAAAUAAAGAAGACUUUAGCAACUUGCCUCCAAACCAACAAAAGAAAAAACUCAACCAGAAAAUAGAUAAUUUCAAGCAGCUUAUAGCUAAAGAUACUGCAGAACGAGAUGGUAUGGUAAAGAUGAGAGAUGUCUAUGUACAGAACCCUGCCUUAGGUGACCCAAGUAGUCUUGAUAAACAGUUGGAAGAAAACGCUCAAAAAUUAGACAGUCUUAAACAAGAAAUGCAGAAAUAUGAGACAUAUUUAGCGACUGCUGAAGGGAAAUUCACUCCUCCCACAGCUCAGCGAACAAAUAAUCGUACCGGACGCAAUAGUCUUUCCUCAGAAGAUUCCAGUAGUAUCACUCGUAGUGCUUCAGAUAUCAGUUGCUCGACUCAGGGGACCCCUUCCAUUAAACACAAUAAAUAUCCACCAUUUUACCGCAAUACCGGCAGCGUUAAAGUUCCCGCAGAAAAAUCUCAACCUACCCCACCGCGGAGGUCUCAGUCUAUGCACAUAGUGCAUUGUCAUCGAGAGCCAAUAUAUAGCCAAAUAAAGGAAGGCGGAGAUGCUUCCCCGGUACCUGCAACAGACAGGAAGUCACGGGCCGACAGUUUUGAUGAUAGCUUUGAUGACUUGGAUGACGCAGACUAUCUGCCAGUCAUUGGGAAAGCAAAAGCUCUUUAUUCUUUUGAAGCCAACAGUGAUGGCGCUAUCUCUAUGAUGGAAGGUGAAGAUUUAGAUAUUGUGGAACAAGAUCAGGGAGAUGGCUGGACACGUGCACGCAAACAUGACGGAAGUGAAGGUUUCAUUCCAACAUCAUACGUCCAAUAUUGUUAAUGCUGAUGUGAUUUCAAAGAUAAAAUAUCGCAAUUCAUUUCUGCCAAUCAUUGAAAGUUUUGGCUUUUUGAGAAAGUAUUAAAAACUGGAUUACAACUAGAGGUGGAGAAAGGAGAUCUAAGGUGGAGAAGGUGGAGAAAUUUGGACUUUUGUCUGUGGAGUAUAUUGGAAUAUUGUAUGGCAGUCAACCAGUUAAAUGGUUUCUCCAAUAUGCUGAAUAUAAUAGUGGAAUAUUUAGAAAUAUCACUGAAGGAAAUAUGAAAUAUCCAAAGGGAUUAUGUGAAAUAUCCAAAUGGAUUAUGU